AUGAAGGUGAGGCAUAAGUACCUAAUAUCUGACCUCUACCAUCUAGCUUACUCCUAACCAGAACCUUAACAGUUCCCUAGUUCCCUUCCCUAGUAUAACUUUAUAAUCUGGUAAAUGUAUUCACCAACAUCAUAAAAAAUUAUCAUGUUUAUAUAUAAUUUGUUUAUCAGUAUCAAUAAUAUUUAACAUCAGUCAGAUAUAUCCUGUAGAAGAAACAGAGGGGGUAAAUGCAGCACUGUCAUUCCUCAAACAGGCUUUGUCUAGUGUCUUUGAGCUUGCUGUCCUUUGAUUUAGUGAAUUCAAUCUGGUUUCAAUAACCUGUCUCUCCUCUCUCCAGACGUACCUUAAACUGAUUAAAAAGCAACAGAAAGAGCUGAACUCUAUCAAGAAGAAGCACGCUAAGGUGGGUUGAUGUUUUAGACUGCUCUUCUAUUAACAGAGCUAACACUAGGACAGCUCAUUCAUCCUGACGUCCACACAUUGAUCGCGAGAAAGAGAUGGGGAGAGAGCGAGAGAGCGAGAGGGAGAGAGAGAGAGAGAGAGCGAGAGAGAGAGAGAGAGAGCGAGAGAGAGAGAGGAAAAAAGAGUGAUAGAGGUCUCUCCUUUCAUCAUUCACUGUUGUCUGACCCCCGCACGCACACACACAAACACACACUCUAGAGUGCAUCCUGUAACCUAAGGUGUUUGUAUUUGAUCUCACCAGAGAGUGGACAGACAGAAAUUAGACUUGCUAAGAUGACCCACCCCCUCACACAUGCAUGCAAGCACACACACACACACACACACACACACACACACACAGUAGCUAGACUUCAGUCACUAACACUCUGUCCUUAUGAAAUCUCUUCUUACGCAACAGCAUGUGUGUUGUGAAAAUAUGUUAUGGUUUGUAUACUAAAGAGAGGAUCUCUUGUAGGGUUGACCAUAGUAACUUCCUGCUGUGAUGAGGUGUGAAUGAAGGAGUCAGGCGCAGGAGGUAAAACACAGAAGUCCAGAGUUUAUUCCGUUUACAUAAAUAAAACGCACCCAACGUCAAUACGAAACUAUCACAAAGGAAAUAUUCCACCUUGGCAAUAACAAAUGGAAGAGUUGGAAAACGCGAGCGCCAGAUCAUGGUAUUCGGGGGGAAUGCGCAUGGUGGGGGUACCGUCUGGACUUUCCACCGUGGUCGCACCAACGGAAACACCUAGACACCUACCCGGACACUCACGCGACCACCCCGUAAGAACCCUCUGCGGCCAUGAAAAAGUGGGGUUGUGAAGGGCUAACCACGGAAUACCUAAGACUACAGGGUAAGCAGGAGACUCAAUAAUCAAAAAAGUGAUCUGCUCAACAUGCGUCUCCUGUGUAAUCGUGGUGACUCGUACAGUAACCUCCUUAACGAACCCGGACCCCUAAUGGUCGACUAUCAAGUGCUCUGAUGGGGAUUGGGAUGGAUAGGGGAACCAAUGAAAUGCCUUGACGGCGUGCAAAUGCCCUGUCCAUAAAGUUCCCAGCUGCGCCUGAAUCGACUAGCGCCUUACCCUGGGAAACUACCAGGUGAUCGGGAAAGGAGAUAGAUAAGGUACAGUGCGCCGCAAAGGGCUCUGAACAAUUUUGGGUGUUCGUUACCUGGGGUGAUGCGUGAGUACCCUGCCCACCGCCUCCAGACCCAAAGGAACGUUGACUGCGAUGUGAGGUGGAUUGUCCCUUCGUGCCACCAGAGUGGCACUGUCGCUGUCCUCCUGCGCUCUCUCGACCGGCGGCUCCCCCCAGCUCCAUCUGCUCGGGGUCAGAGUUGUCCGGAGUGGGAACGGGCAGACCCCUAUCAGGACGUCCUCUGGCUGCUAGCAGAUUGUCCAGCCGGAUGGCCAUGUCCACCAGUUGGGAGCACGAUAGCAUGGCAUCACGGCAGGCUAGCUCCCGUCGGACGUCCUCCCUUAGGUGGCACCGGAAACGGUCGAUCAGGGACCGCUCGUUCCACCCGGACCCCGCUGCCAGCGUCCGGAACUCCAGCGCGUAGUCCUGUGCGGUCCUCGUCCCCUGCCUCAGAUGGACCAGUCGUUCGCCCGCCUCUCGACCCUCAGGCGGGUGAUCGAAAACGGCACGAAAGAGGCGAGCAAACUCCUCGUAGUCCUCCAAUGCGGCACCUCCCUCAUUCCACACCUCGUUGGCCCACUCCAGGGCUCUCCCACAAAGGCAGGAAACGAGGACGGAUACCUUCUCCCACUCCAGUGGCGCCGGCCUGAUGCUGGAGAAAUACAACUCUAGUUGGAGCAGAAAUCCCUUUCAUCGCGCUGCCGUCCCAUCAAACGCCGGUGGCCAGGAUAUCUGGAUCCCUCCAGGGGCUGGGGUGUAAGUGGCUGGAUCCGGUUGACCAGCUGGUCUCGAUAGAUCGGGUCCUCUCCUCUCCAGGCGUUGUACUACCUGAAGAACCCGAUCCAUCACUUCCCCCAAGCUGGCCAGCAUCGAGGAAUGCUGCUGGACCCUUGCCACAACUCCAGGCAUGCGGUCUUCUCCUGCUGACUCCAUUCAGCGGGUGAGUGAUUCUGUGAUGAGGUGUGAAUGAGUCAGGCGCAGGAGGUAAAACACCAAAGUCCAGAGUUUAUUCCGUUUACAUAAAUAAAAUGCACCCAGCGUCAAUACGAUACUAUCACAAGGGAAAUAUUCCACCUUGGCAAUAACAAAUUGAAGAGUAGCUCAACCGAGCUAUGAAACAAUGAAACAAUCACUCACAAAGACAAGGGGAACAGAGGGAACACUUAUACACAUACUAAAAAGGGGAAUGAGCACCAGGUGUGUGUGAUUGACAAGACAAGACUUGACAAGUGGAGUGAUGAGAGUGGGAUCGGCAAUAGCUAGUAAGCCGGUGACGACGAACGCCAAAACCUGCCCGAACAAGGAGGGGAGGCAGCCUCGGCGGAAGUCGUGACACCUGCUCUCUUUUCCUGUUGCAUAACAGUUCUGACAGUCAGACUGAUGUUUUAGAACAGAUGUACCCACUAGCCAGGGGUUUAAUCAUUUCCACUAAUGGUUUCUUAGUGUAAGUCUUCAGCUACAGUGGGGGAAAAAAGUAUUUAGUCAGCCACCAAUUGUGCAAGUUCUCCCACUUAAAAAGAUGAGAGAGGCCUGUAAUUUUCAUCAUAGGUACACGUCAACUAUGACAGACAAAUUGAGAAAAGAAAUCCAGAAAAUCACAUUGUAGGAUUUUUUAUGAAUUGAUUUGCAAAUUAUGGUGGAAAAUAAGUAUUUGGUCACCUACAAACAAGCAAGAUUUCUGGCUCUCACAGACCUAUAACUUCUUCUUUAAGAGGCUCCUCUGUCCUCCACUCGUUACCUGUAUUAAUGGCACCUGUUUGAACUUGUUAUCAGUAUAAAAGACACCUGUCCAUAACCUCAAACAGUCACACUCCAAACUCCACUAUGGCCAAGACCAAAGAGCUGUCAAAGGACACCAGAAACAAAAUUGUAGACCUGCACCAGGCUGGGAAGACUGAAUCUGCAAUAGGUAAGCAGCUUGGUUUGAAGAAAUCAACUGUGGGAGCAAUUAUUAGGAAAUGCAAGACAUACAAGACCACUGAUAAUCUCCCUCGAUCUGGGGCUCCACGCAAGAUCUCACCCCGUGGGGUCAAAAUGAUCACAAGAACGGUGAGCAAAAAUCCCAGAACCACACGGGGGGACCUAGUGAAUGACCUGCAGAGAGCUGGGACCAAAGUAACAAAGCCUACCAUCAGUAACACACUACGCCGCCAGGGACUCAAAACCUGCAGUGCCAGACGUGUCCCCCUGCUUAAGCCAGUACAUGUCCAGGCCCGUCUGAAGUUUGCUAGAGUGCAUUUGGAUGAUCCAGAAGAGGAUUGGGAGAAUGUCAUAUGGUCAGAUGAAACCAAAAUAGAACUUUUUGGUAAAAACUCAACUCGUCGUGUUUGGAGGACAAAGAAUGCUGAGUUGCAUCCAAAGAACACCAUACCUACUGUGAAGCAUGGGGGUGGAAACAUCAUGCUUUGGGGGUGUUUUUCUGCAAAGGGACCAGGACGACUGAUCCGUGUAAAGGAAAGAAUGAAUUGGGGCCAUGUAUCGUGAGAUUUUGAGUGAAAACCUCCUUCCAUCAGCAAGGGCAUUGAAGAUGAAACGUGGCUGGGUCUUUCAGCAUGACAAUGAUCCCAAACACACCGCCCGGGCAACGAAGGAGUGGCUUCGUAAGAAGCAUUUCAAGGUCCUGGAGUGGCCUAGCCAGUCUCCAGAUCUCAACUCCAUAGAAAAUCUUUGGAAGGAGUUGAAAGUCCGUGUUGCCCAGCGACAGCCCCAAAACAUCACUGCUCUAGAGGAGAUAUGCAUGGAGGAAUGGGCCAAAAUACCAGCAACAGUGUGUGAAAACCUUGUGAAGACUUACAGAAAACGUUUGACCUGUGUCAUUGCCAACAAAGGGUAUAUAACAAAGUAUUGAGAAACUUUUGUUUUGACCAAAUACUUAUUUUCCACCAUAAUUUGCAAAUAAAUUCAUUAAAAGUCCUACAAUGUGAUUCUCUGGAUUUUUUUUUCUCAUUUUGUCUGUCAUAGUUGACGUGUACCUAUGAUGAAAAUUACAGGCCUCUCUCAUCUUUUUAAGUGGGAGAACUUGCACAAUUGGUGGCUGACUAAAUACUUUUUUCCCCCACUGUAUAUGGUCUGGCUGGCUGUAAUGCUAAAUUACUUGAUUAGGAAAGGUUGGACCAAGCUAUCUUAAGCUGUCUCUAUCUCUGCAAUAGUAUCUCACUGUAAAUCAGUUGUGACUUGAUAUCCUCAGUAAUAUGUUGUGUUUUGUUUUAGGAUCGCACCAUCAUGCAGAAGUGCCACUGCACCCAGGUGGACAAGAUGAUUUCUCAGUACGACAAGGAGAAGCUGACACAGGACAAACUGCUGGAAAAGGCCAUCAAGAAACACGGGUAAAUAUCAGGACCUGUAGAUUGAUCAAUCAAUUAAUUAUGAAAUGUUUAAAUAAACAUUGAACAUAAACAUGUAUCGUUGUAUACCUGGCAUCUGCACAAAGCCAUUGGGUGUGUAAAAUGAAUGUUCUUUCCUGUCUCCACCUAUCUAAGAAAUACCUUUCUGUCGCCCCCACAGAGAAAACAACUGUCUGGAGUUGAAGAAGGAGACUGAGAGUAAAGUGGAGAAACUAUCCACUGACCACAAGGCUAAGGUAACCUUCAGUUCACAGUCACGCCCCUCUGUCAUUAGAAGGACAUCGAUUGUCUUUGUCAAACUGAAUUCUAUGAGUAAAAACAAGGGACUCCUGCACCUGCAGUGAUUAGUUGAAUAACAUUACAGCAGCUCAGCACCUUAAGGAGUAGUUAGUGAUGGUAUAGUGUUUAGUGUAUAAGUGUGUAGUGUGUAUCCUGUGCCCUUCAGGUGAAGGACAUUACAGCCCAGCACACUAAGGAGUGGUCAGAGAUGAUCAACUCCCACAGCAGUAUAGAGCAGGAUAUGAAGGACAUCCACGUAGUCCAACAGUGUGAACACCUCAAGAAACUACUGAGUGGAGUCCAGGAACAACAGACUCUAUCGCUCAAACUGAUCCACGAACGGUGAGAGAGAGAGACACAUGCAUAUACAGUAGGUCAGGGCUCUUUAACCCUGUUCCUGGAGAGCUACCCUCCUGUAGGUUUUCACUCCAACCCUGUUCCUGGAGAGCUACCCUCCUGUAGGUUUUCACUCCAACCUUGUUCCUGGAGAGCUACCGUCCUGUAGGUUUUCACUCCAACCCUGUUCCUCGAGAGCUACCCUCCUGUAGGUUUUCACUCCAACCCUGUUCCUGGAGAGCUACCCUCCUGUAGGUUUUCACUCCAACCAAUAAUUAACUGGCGGAUAAGCUCAAUCAGGUUAGUUAAACCUACCGUAGGGUAGCUCUCCAGGAGCAGGGUUGGAGUGGAAACCUACAGGACGGUAGCUCUCCAGGAGGGUUGGAGAGCCAUGCAGUAGACCCUACAGCUCAAAGUUAAACACAAACUGACAAAACAACUGACCCUACAGCUCAAACUGGAAAUCCAGAGUUCUUCCUUGGGACAUGAUGUGUGCUAUAGGUAUGAUGUCUCUGAAUGAGGUCCCUAGUACAACAGAUACAGUCUAACCAUCUUGGCUACUGUGAGCUGUGGGUUUGUCCUGUCAGGUAUAUGUGUAGUUGAUGAGGUUCCUUACCAGACUGUUUCGUGGUCCCCUCCCCUCUCAGGCAGAGCAAGGAGAUGCGGGCCAACCAGGCCAAGACGUCCAUGGAGAACAGCAAGGCCAUCAGCCAGGACAAGACCAUCAAGAACAAGGCAGAGAGGGAGAGGUGGGUCACACUGCCCCACUCGCUAAUCACCAACUGCCUUCGACUGCAUGGAGAGUAUGGGUUAUGUCAGGAUGAAUAUACACUGAGUGUACAAAACAUUAUAAACACCUGCUCUUUCCAUGACAUAGACUGACCAGGUGAAUCCAGGUGAAAGCUAUGAUCCCUUAUUGAUGUCACCUGUUAAAUCCACUUCAAUCAGUGUAGAUGAAGGGGAGGAGACAGGUUAAAGAAUGAUUUUUAAGCCUUGAGACAAUUGAGACGGAUUGGUGGGUGUGCCAUUCGGAGGGUGAAUGGGCAAGACAAAAUAUUUAAGUGCCUUUGAACAGGGUAUGGUAGUAGGUGCCAGGCGCACCGGUUUGUGUCAAGAACCGCAACGCUGCUGGGUUUUUCACAUUACACAGUUCCCAGUAGAAUUAAGAAUGGUCCACCACCCAAAGGACAUCCAGCCAACUUGACACAACUGUGGAAAACAUUGGAGUCAACAUGGGCCAAGCAUCCAUGUGGAACGCUUUCGACACCUCGUAGAGUCCAUGCCCCGACGAAUUGAGGCUGUUCUGAGGGCAAAAGGGGGUGCAAAUCAAUAUUAGGAAGGUGUUGUAAGUGUUUGGUAUACUCAGUGUAGACGACAGUAUAUAGGUCCCCUAUGAACAGCCCUUAAACUGUGUCUGUACUCUUAGAAUCUUACAAUCUCCUCCUCCUCAUUCUCUUCCCAGGAGAGUUAGAGAGUUGAACAGCAGCAACACCAAAAAGUUCCUGGAAGAAAGGAAAAGGGUUGGUGUUCUAUCUCCUACUAAUUAUAAUGCUGUGACGCUGUUGAGGUGAAUCAACUAGCGCCUUAGACUUGUAAUGGUUUGCUUAGAUGAUACAUGUUGGUGUUAAAUUAAAUGUAUCUUUCUCCUCCUCCUCCAUCUUUCUCCUCCCUCCAUCUUUCUCCCCUAUCCCUCGUUCCAUCGCUAGUUGGCUAUGAAGCACCAGAAGGAGAUGGAGACGCAGGAGAAGUCUCAGAAUGAACAGCUAGAGAAACUGGACAAGUUCAACGAGCAGGUAUCUAACCGCUGA